UCACAGCAGUCGGUCAGUCAGUCUGGGCGGCGCCUCGCUAUAAAGUCUGCGCUGCGCCUCUUCUCCAAACUUGUGCGCAUUUCCACCUCCUGCUCGUCCAGCUCUGCGCGACUGAAAGAACACAGCAGCCAUGCCUUCAGAACUGGAGACAGCCAUGGAGUCCCUCAUCACGGUGUUCCACCGUUACGCCUCCAAGGACGGCCGGAGCGGCACGCUGAGCCGGCGGGAGCUCCGAGAGCUGAUGGAGAACGAGCUGUCGAACUUCCUCAAGUCUCAGAAGGACCCCACUGCCAUAGACAAGAUCAUGAAGGACCUGGACGCCAACGGCGACGGCCAGGUGGACUUUGAGGAGUUUGUUUCUCUGGUUGUCGGACUUUCCAUUGCCUGCGAGCAGUGCUAUCAGAUGCACAUGAAGAAGAUGGGAAAGAAGUAAAAGACAGCAGUGAGGGACCAAAGAGUAUUUCAGUUUUUUUGUAAAGAUACUUUUGUUCAAUAAAAACACUAAAUCACUUCAAA